UCCCUACCGACAACAAUGCUGAACACGUACAACUGUAGGUUAAAGGCACCUAGUAAGACAAUGACUAGCUGUCAGGGCUAAUACGUAGCAAGCACUCAACUGCCUUUCUUUUGCCUCGCUGUUCGCUACGAAGAUCAUUGAAUCUGAUUGGCAUCAUUACCUAGAUAGCAAGCAUGCUGUAUCUAGGUGGGCUCACAGAGCAACAUCCGACUCAGGAAAAUACCCUAAGCUGGCCUGUUCGUUCGCGGUGAUCGUUUCUGCUGCGAGCUUUGGAGAAGCACCAGCACCGGUAUUCGGGCUUGGCGGAAACCUACCGUGUCAUUCCGAAUUGCCACCCGCGAAGUAUUCCGAUCUCAGCAGCUAUUCGCGCGUAUUGCCUGGCAAGCCUAAGGGCUCAGCAAUAGCCUACACGUCUGUGCAUCCAUCCAUCAGGAGUUGAGCCGGGGCGCAGCGCUGCAACUGCCCACACACACACGCGGGUGGGCGAGCGCUCUCGCGUCAAGGAGCCCCAUCUGACUUGACGCCCCAGUCUUAAUCAUGGCGGCCGCGUCAUACUACAGUAUGCCCGCCGGCAAUGUUGCACCGGUGCCGGCGCCAGCUUUCUCGUUUAAUCCGGGCACUGGCGCCCGCAGCUCCACUACACGCUUUACCCCAGCUGACUUCAAGUACAACGGGCGGGUGGCGGCGGCGCUGCUGCCCUGCCUGCUGACGGUGGCGGCGGUGGGCGGCGCCAGCGUGCUGGCCUGCCUCACGGUGGGCGCCAUGGUGGUGUACCUCAUGGACGCGCUGCAGUACCGCGAGGGCGCCUUCACCUGCGCCUGGCUCACGCUGGCCGCCACCAACGUCAGCUUCACAGUGGCGCUGCUGGCCACCUCGGACGCGCCCGUGGGGCUGCAGGUGUUCAUGCUGUUCUCCACCAUCGCGCUGACGGUGUUGACGGGCAUGUGGGCCAGCCUGCAGUUCAAGUGGCUGCAGAUGCAGUACCCCGCCGCCGCCAUCUACUUUGAGCGCUGCGUGCUGACGGCCUCGCUGCCGCUGGCGGCGGUCAUGCACAGCCUAGGCCUGGCCACGUUCGUGCCGUACAGCGACGUGCCGUACUACCUGGCAGUGCUGCUGACGGGGCUGUACUACCUGCUGGGCCGGCCGCUCAUAUCGUCCUUCUACAACGUCAAGGCCGGUCCCGCUGGCCUGGGCGGCGGCCCUGCGGUGGGCCCCGAGGCGGUGGUGCAGACGCGCGGCGACGGGCUGCUGAUGGCGGCGCUGGUGGCGCUGCUGCCCGCUGUCACCUACGCCGCCGUGCACUGGGUGGUGCUGUCGCUGCACGUGCACGUCUACUCCAUGCUGCUCCUGUCCGGCGGCAUGCCGCUGCUGCUCACGCUGCUGCCCGGCGGCAUGUGGUGGCUCGAGCCCGCGCCGGCGUCGCCCGUGAACGCCGGCUCCGGCGCCUUCGGCGCCCCCACCUCUAUCUCCUGCCUGCCCUACAUCUCCAUCACGCCCUCCUCCAGCCUGGCUGGUUUCCUGCGGAAGACGCUGCUGGCAGUGGCGCUGCUGGUGGCGCUGGUGGGCUUCGAGGGUCGCGUGGUGUUCCACGGCUUCGGGCAGUACAUCCAGCUGCCGCCGCCCUGGAACUGGGUGGCGGUCACGUUUGCGCUGUUCGGCUGCGCGGUGGUCGGGCUGAUGCACGUGACGGGCGCGCUGGGCGGCAGUGUGGACGUGACGGUGGCAGGCAGCUUCCUGCUGCUGUGCACCACCGCGGGCGCCCUGGCCGCCGGCAUCCCCUUCCACUGGCUGCCGGCGCCGCUGCUGGCGGCGUGCGGGCUGUCGCUGUUCUAUGAGAGCCGCAGCCUGCGAGAGUACAUGGUGUUCGUGGUUGGCGCCUUCCUUACCGGCCUGUGGUUCAUGCGGCAGCACUUCUGGUUCCUGGACAUCCUGGUGUCGGGCAUGCGGCUGCACACGCUGUGCAAGCUGGCAGUGGCGGCGCUGGUGCCGGCGCUCACCGUUCCCGGCCUGGUCGUGGCCAGGGCCAAUGCGCACGUCAUCGGCGGACUGCUGGUGGCGCAGGCGGUGCUGAUCAGCCUCAUGGAGGAGAAGCUGUACGCGGCGGGGCACGAGGAGGGCGCGCCGGAGCCCAUGUACCCGGGCUGGCUGGUGCUGGCCACGACGCUGGUGGGCCUGGCCGCGGCGCGGCUGUUGACGGGCCAGGGCCGCCUCACGCCGCUGGCCUCCUGGCUGCUGCACUCGCUGUACGCCGCCAAGGCCUCCAUGCUGGUCAUUCCAGAGGCACAACUGGUGCUGCCCGCCGCGCUGCUGCUGGCCGCCACCAUCGCCCCCUACUUCUUCCACGGCUCGUCAUGGCUGCACAACACGCCCGCCGGCGCCGCAGGCGCCGGCGCGCUGCUGGCCGUGGCCUCUGUGCCCGCCGGCCCGCCGGGCUCGCCGGUGCCGCCGGCAUCCGCGCCCAGCCGGCCGCGGCGGCUGCGGCUGGCGCCGUGGCAGGGCCUGGCGCAUGUGCUGUCGGUGGCGGUGUGUGUGGCGCUGGCGCGGUUCGCCGUGUUCGAUGUGGUGCAGUUCCUCAUCUCGGCGCGCCCCACCGAGGGGCUGCUGCUGGGGUGCCUGGCGCUCACGCUGGCGGGCUGCCUGGUGCCGCUGGUGACGCACUGCUACGCGGGGCAGGGCGUGCUGGCGCGCUGGGCGGUGGGGCUCGCGCUCAUCGGCAUGCUGCUGGUGCUGAUGGAGCCGCCGCUGCCACUGGCCGGUGGCGCGCGCUGCCCGCCCAUGCCGCUGUCGCUGUCGCUGUGCCCGCGGCUGUGGGACGAGCGGCACGUGCCCAUGCACAGCGCCGAAGACGUGGAGAUCUGGGGCCGCGGCCUCAGUCGCAGGGAGCACUGGCCGCGCUGGCUGCUCAUCGCGGCGGUGGUGGCGGGCAUGGCCACCACCGGCGGCGGCAACCCGGGCGCCAUGGUGCCGCAGCGAAGCCCCAGCCGCGCCGGCGUCAGCGGGCGGCUGGCGUUCGGCGCGGUGGCGGGUCUGCUGGUGGGCGGCUACACCGCACUGGAGCUGCUGCCGGACCAGAUCCCGCUGCAGCUGCUGGUGACCGCUGCCACCGUCGUGGCCGUCAUCUUCGUGGUGCUGCUGUCGCUGCCCAAGGCCGGCGGGCCGGUGGCGCUGCCGGCUCUGGGUAUCCUGUGGGGCACCUGUAGCGGCCUGGCGCUGCUGUUGCACGCCGAGCUGCCGGUGUCGGCGGACCGGGCCAACAGCCGCCUGUUCCCGGACAGCAAGGUGCAGGUUGAGCGCGAGAUCUACCGCGCCACCAAGGCCUCGCUGCUGGCGGUGGUGGCCUCGCACGCGCUGCUCAUGGCGUUCGCGCUCAAGCUCAAGAUGACGUCCGCGCUGCGCCGCCGCGCAGCCGCCAUGCAUGGCCGCGACAACGCCAACGGCGGCGGUUCCGCCAACGCCUCUUUCGGCAUCUCGCCCUCCGACCUGCUGUGCGGCGUGGUUCCCUCCUCCGUGUUCGCCAACUACUGCGCCAUGCUCAAGCUGGAGGGCGCCGGCGCACUGGCGCUGCAGCGGCUGGCGGCAGAGGGACUGGCGUGGGUGCCAACGCUGGGCAACCUGCUGACGCUGACGGCGGUGGCGCUGGGCGUGGCGCUCAACGGCUUCCUCAACGGCGGCGUGGGGGCGCCCGAGGGCAUCUUCAUGCUGGCGCCCAUCCUGCUGCUGCUCAGCCAGGACCCGCUCAUCCUGCCCGGCCUGACGGAGCGGCAGCGCUACUGCCCGCCCUUCCUGGCUGUCAGCGCCUACCUGCUGGGCUCCGGAGUGCUGGUGGCGGUGGGCGACGUGCUGACGCCCAGCGGCGCGGUGGCGGCGUCCGGCCUGCCGCCGGCGCUUUACCUGGCCAAGGACCUGGGCCUAGCUGCGCUGGCUGUUCCCCACCACGUGGUGUUCCUGAUCUACCUGUGGACCCUGCGUCCCAAGCCCUGGGGCCUGCCGCUGCUGCUGAUGGCGCCGGUGUGCCUGCUGCCGCUAGCCAUGGCGGACGUGCCGGCGCUGCGCUUCUUUGGCGCGGCGGGCGCGCUGGCGGCGGUGAUGCAGUAUUUCAGCAUGAAGCACGUGCGCCACGUGGGCAUGAAGGUGAUUUAAAUAGGUUUUUGGCGGCCGCGAUGCCGCGAUACCGCUUGCGUUCGCGUCAGUGGCGAUUGCUAGGCUGGCCGAGAGCAGAUGACGGUGUAGGGCAGUCGCCCUUCUAGGAGGUGGUGGCACGAGGUGGUGGACAGGUUAAGAUUGAGACGAAUUAGGAGGGGCAAGGGAGUCAUACAAGGAGUUAGUGGGAAGCAGCACGGGAGUACGCGUUACGAGGGAUUUACAGUGUGCUGCUGUGGGUUGGCCUUGGGCCAGGAGCAGCUUAACAGCGGGGACUUCGGACCGCCUCGUGGCCUCCAAGAGCACAGGCGUGGUGAGCACGUCGGGGAACGUUGGGUGAGAUGCUAGUGUGCAUGGCAAGCUACAUACUCAACCUGAAAUGAGAAGGGGCCAGACCCUGGGUGCAUGGCCGAUGGUGCAUUCGCGUGGGCAAUCGGAGAAUC